GUGCCCCAUCAUUGGUGUCAGUGGGAAGAAUCGUGCCCCAUCAUUAGUGUCAGUGGGAGGAAUAUUGCCCCAUCAUUGGUGUCAGUGGGAAGAAACGUGCCCCAUCAUUGGUGUCAGUGGGAAGAAAUGUGCCCCAUCAUUGGUGUCAGUGGGAGGAAUAGUGCCCCAUUGUUGGUGUCAGUGGGGAGGGGAGGAAUAGUGCCCCAUCAUUGGUGUCAGUGGGAGGAAUAGUACCCCAUCAUUAGUGUCAGUUCGAGGAAUAGUGCCCCAUCAUUGGUGUCAGUGGGAGGAAUAGUGUCCCAUCAUUGGUGUCAGUGGGAAGAAUAGUGCCCCAUCUUUGGUGUCAGUGGGAGGAAUAGUACGUCAU